AUGAAUUCCUCAGUUUCUUCUAACCUUUCCGAUAAAGGUGUGACGGUGGUUUUGGGAUCUCAAUGGGGCGACGAGGGAAAAGGCAAAUUGGUUGACAUGUUGGCACAAGAAGCGGAUAUUUGUGCGCGUUGCGCCGGUGGAAACAAUGCUGGACAUACGAUCGUCGCGAACGGUAUCAAAUACGAUUUUCAUCUGCUUCCAUCAGGGCCUUUGUUAGUUUUAAACGUGACGGCGGACACCUGCAUUGAUCUUUUCCUUGGUGAGUUAGCUCGAACUGACCGAAAUCAUCACUACCUUGCAAAUUUUAGUAUUGGCACAACAAAGAAGGGCAUUGGUCCAGCCUACUCAUCCAAAGCUUCUCGAUCUGGCCUUCGGGUUCACCAUUUGUCGAACGAUCUUGCUUUUGCGGAAAAGUUUCGUCAACUGGUGGCCAACAAGAAGAAACGAUAUGGAGAUUUUGAAUAUGAUGUUGAGGCAGAGAUCGAACGUUAUAAACACCUUGCUGUACGUCUUAAACCCUACGUUGUUGAUAGCGUUGUUUUCAUGCAAAACUGUCUAAAUUCACGCAAAAAAAUUCUCGUUGAAGGUGCCAACGCGUUAAUGCUUGAUCUUGACUUUGGCACCUAUCCGUACGUAACGAGCUCAAACACUACCGUGGGUGGGGUUAUCACUGGAUUGGGUAUUCCUCCUUCUAAGAUUGAUAAGAUAGUGGGCGUCGUUAAGGCUUACACGACCAGAGUAGGAGGCGGUCCAUUUCCUACCGAACUCCUCGAUGAAACGGGGGAAUACUUACAACGUGCUGGCGCGGAGUUUGGCGCGACAACCGGCCGAAAGCGUCGGUGUGGAUGGCUCGAUCUUGUGGUCUUAAAGUAUUCCGCUCUGAUCAAUGGAUAUACAAGUUUAAAUCUUACUAAACUUGAUGUACUAGAUCAACUCCCUGAAGUGAAAGUGGCUGUUGCAUAUUUUCUGGAUGAUAAACCUUUGGAGAGUUUCCCAGCCGAUCUAGAGAUCCUCGAAAAGAUUACCGUGAAAUAUGAGACGCUUCCGGGCUGGAAAAGUGAUAUUUCCAAAUGUCGCCGAUUUUCCGACCUACCUGAAAACGCGCAGAAAUAUGUGAAAAUGAUUCAGGAUUAUUUAGGAAUUCCUGUGAGAAAGCUUGCUGUUCAAGGGGUUGGUCGUAGUCUCGACGAUCUAUAUAAGCUCGUUGGUGGUAGAUUGUUAAAAGUGCUUACCAGUGCACCAGGUGCAAAAGGAAAAAUUCAAGAAAAGCUGGAUGAAGUUAUUAAAGAAUUGGAAGAAAAAGUCGCGCCUAAAGAUUCGGGCCCGAGUUAUCUCCUCCUACCCAAUGUUGGGUUUGACGAUCAAAAGAUUAUGGAGGAAUUAAAGAGAUACCAAGAUUAUAAAAAAGUGAAUUGGGAAGAAGGUCGCAUUUCAGGCACGGUAUACCACGGAGGUCAUGAACUUACAAAGUUGUAUUCAGAUGCGUACGCGAUGUUUUCUGUAAGCAACCCUCUGCAUCCCGAAGUAUUCCCUGGUGUACGCAAAAUGGAAGCCGAAAUCGUUUCCAUGGUGUUGAAUAUGUAUAAUGCGCCAAGCGGUUCAGCAGGAACCACCACAUCGGGUGGUACCGAGAGCAUCCUGAUGGCUUGCAAAGCCUAUCGUGAUUGGGCGAGAAAUGAAAAAGGAAUCACCGAACCUGAAAUGCAAGUUUCAAGGGUAGUCCCGGAUACCAUUCAUGCGGCAUUUGAUAAAGCGGCAGGCUAUUUCAACAUCAAACUAAUUCACAUUCCAAUUGACCCCGUAACCCGCAGGGUUGACACCAAAGCUGUUAGCAGAGCGGUCAACAGAAAUACAAUUAUGAUCGCCGGAUCGGCUCCGAACUACCCUCACGGUAUUAUCGACGAUAUUCCGACAUUGGCCUCAAUUGCCGAAAAAAAUAAAAUCGGGAUGCACGUUGAUUGUUGCUUGGGAAGCUUUUUGGUGCCCUUCUUGGAGGAGGCAGGAUUUCCCACUCAACUUUUUGAUUUCAGAGUACCCGGAGUCACAUCAAUCUCUUGUGACACGCAUAAAUAUGGGUUUGCGCCAAAGGGAACAUCAGUGGUGAUGUAUCGUACGAAGGCGAUUCGGAAAUAUCAAUAUUUCUUGGCGCCUGAUUGGAUGGGAGGAAUUUAUGCUUCGCCAACCAUGGCUGGUUCACGUCCAGGGGCGCUUAUUGCCGGAUGCUGGGCAACAAUGGUGAAAAUGGGAAAGUCCGGGUACAUUGAUGCAACAAAAAAAAUCGUGGGAUGUGCUAAAAAGAUUGAGGCCGGUAUCCGCAAAAUGGAUGAUCUAUUUGUAUGUGGAAAACCACUGGUAUCGGUAGUAGCUUUCGGAUCAAAUACGUUGAAUGUGUAUGACGUCGGUGAUAAAAUGACCAAGCGAGGUUGGAAUCUGAACUCUCUCCAGAGUCCCCCUGCGGUUCAUAUAGCAUGCACGCUAUUAACAGUACUAAGUGCCGAACAAUUCUUAAUCGAUCUGCAAGAAUGUGUGGACGAAAUCAAAUCCAAGCCAAAUCAAAAAUCCAGUGAAACAGCGGCAAUUUAUGGUUUGGCCGCCCGUUUACCGGACAAAACUAUCGUGAACGAGGUUGCUUGUGGAUUUCUGGAUGCAUUGUAUUCUGUUUAA